CGUGUGCGUGUGUGUGUGUGUGCGUGUGCGUGUGUGUGUAUACAGUGUGUCCGGUCUCAACCGCAUCACCCGUCGUAUGCAGAUAGAGCAGGUAAAAUUGAGGAGAAAAGUCAUGUACCAUUUUUUUUAUAACGCUUAAUAAGAGAGUUAUUAUUGAGAAAGUCUGGCCAAUCAUCACCGAUCUUUAGCCAGAUGCACGUCAGUGAGGCAAUGUAAACAGCUGAACGCUCACGCACACAUGCCAGGCACGCGGCUCAUUGACGUGUGUCCAGCUAAAGGUCUGCGCUGAAUUGUCAGACUUCACUCAAUAAUAACUUUUUUAUUAAGCGUUACAAAAAAAAAUCCUAGUAUUCUUGUUAUUCUUAAGUUACUUUCAAUCUUAUCAUUUUCGUAAUCUUUCUGUCUUACAUUAUGACAAGAAAUGAAAAAGAUUUUUUAAGAUAUAUGUACUUUUUUAUGUUAUUAUGAUCUGUAUGUAAGAUAUUAUUAUUUUUAAUCCGUUUAUGUUGGAAUUGUACAAUUCACACUUGUGCCAUGAAAUGAUAAUAUGAAUUUAUUUUUCAAGAAUUCAUAAUAUUUAUUUUUAUAAUUAUUCUCUAAAGAGUAUAAUAUAUAUAGAGACUUCUAUGGUAUUUUCAUUUUGCACUUACUUUUUAUAUGUUUUUAUUAAUGUUGUAUAUAAUAUAAAAAUAUAUAAAAAUGUAAACGAAAAUGAAAUAUGCUUCGAUAAUUAAAUUGCAACACAACGGAAUAAUUUUUAGCGAUUGUUUUCUAAGGAUAAGAGAUAUUGUUUUUUUUUUUCUUAUGGAAUACAAUUCCUCUUACUAAAUAUAAUUCUUCCUAUAAUAUAAGGAUUUAAUUAGAUCUUAAAAAUAUUAUAUAAUAGAUCUCUUUGUGUAUAUCUCUUAAUUAUUGACAGUAAUGCAAGAAAUGUAAAAAAAAAAGGAUACAUGAUUCUGUAUUAUAUUUUUAUACUUAUAAUUGAAUCUCUCAAACUGUAUAAGCGAUUAAAUAGUUAUAACCGUGUAACAAUGAAAGAAAUUAUUUUUUGUCAAUAGUAUGAGUAAAAAAAUAAAUAGUUUUUGAAAAAUUCGUUGUUUAAUUGUCGCUGAAUCAGCAGGCAAGCCGAAUUGAAUCAAGAAGAAAAACACGCGAGCGAAAAGAAAGAAUGAUUGAAAGUUUGAUUGAAGAUCAAAACUAUCGAGGCGUGAAUCGAGGAAGAAGAAUAUAAUGAUUCUUUUUCUCCGAGGAAACAUUUCAGUGGCUCGCGGUCGACGGCCAGCUUCGCGACAAUUGACUCGCGACGGGAUGGUGCAAGAAGUAGCCAGAAGUAAUUGUCAGUUAUUCUCACAGAGACUAGAAAGCUGUGGCUAAGAGAAAUAUAUAAAACGGCAACAACGAAGCCCCUCACUUUAGUUCGACGAACCAAACUGUUAAACUCGCUUUCAGUUCAUCACGAGAGGACGAUGAAUAAUUUGAAGAUCGCGUUGAUGUUGCUAUGCGCCAUUUACGGCGUAUUGGGAGGUCGACGUUACAUCGCAAUCCCCGUUGACGGUAUUGAAGGUAUCGACGUCAUUGAGGUGAACCCAAUCACAUCCUCAUUGUCCAGGGUGGCUCGACAAACGGAGGCAUACAUACCGGUCGCUAUACCCAGCGUCGUUCAUCAGGAUGACUCGAGAGAACAGCGAUCGGCCACACAUGUCCUAGAUUAUGUCGAUUUUGGGGGUCAGACUGGCUCCAACGGAGCCUUUAGCUGGUACGCCGACUAUCCAGCUCAUCAUUUAUAAUUUCUUCACUUUAUCGAGGCAAAAUAAAAGAGAAUAUCGCGAAUUUUAAAUCAUAAUUAAAAGCAAUGUAUAAUUGUACAAACAUUGCACGAAUGAAAGUUAUUGUUGUAAAAGAUGAAAAAGAUAGAUUUACAAAAAACGGCGGUACAAAAAACAAAAUUCUCCGAAUUCUAAUCUAAAUAAAUUCAAAUAUCUGAAGAUUCAAGAACAAUCUAAGAAUUAUGAUAUAAAUUAAGGAAUUAAGAGCUAAAGCAGGAAAAGAUAUUUUAAACAUCGAAUGAUUCAUGAGCUAUAUAAGGAAGAUAUGUACAUCUUACAUUUUAAGCCAAUUUUCUUUAUUUUUUUCGUAUUUUUUACGAUACAAUAAAUAGUGAGUUUUACAUCUCAUCGUUUUUUACGUUAAUAUAUUAUAUUCAGCUAGGUAUCCAUGGAUCUAAAAAUUCAGAAAAACGCAUCGACCGAUUCUCAUAAAUCAGUUCAAAUUCGAAUAAAUCAGAUCCAUCGAUUAAGACAAGAGGUACAGCCUUAGGAUAUGAUUAUUUUUAUUUUUGUACAGCCAAGUGUAGCGUUUAUAUACGCGUGUUUUUUUUUUCAAAAU